AUGAGGCGGAGACAAAUGGUCGUCAGAGACGCUAACCUUGAUAGGGCUAACCUCACGGUAACGGCUGAACGGCUGCUAUUAUGGGUUGGUAUCCAGUCGAAGCUGCUUCUUCAAUUGAACACCUCUCGUGGACUGGACAGCUUCGCAGCAUAUACAGCGAGCCGCAUUGUUAUGUGCCCACGAGAUGCACAUAAGUACGAUCCGUUCCUUGAGGUCGUCCCAUUCGACGCUGGUAAUCAACUGAGUAAGCUGCUGAUGGCAGCUUACUCUGAUGCAUACCAUAGAAGUAGGAAAGCGUCGGUGGUAAUUGUGCUGAAAUCGGCAGCUGGUAUUGCGACAGUUGUACUUCUUGGCGAGAUCAUAUCGCCAAGCUCAUCGCAAAGGUAUAGCUCUUGCGUGAGUUACGAUGAGACUGCAGAGAGUUGCUAUGCGGUUCGCAAAUGCAAGCUGGAUACUGAGGGGCCGACCCUUAGCGAAGAGUUCGGUACAGGAGAGCUGUUGCACUUCCAGACCAAGAACCAUGACAUGUGGUCGGACUUGCUGUACAAGAAAAACCUAGAGUUUUCCUAUGUUAUCAACGUCAUGCGCGACUAUGACAGACUCCAAAGACUC